CAGCUGUUGGCCGAAAUCCUUCGAAGGCAUCAGGAUAGCCCAUACGCCUUCCAAAACGGACUGCAAGGAGUGGCCACUUACGCCAUCUUCCGCGAGAGCCAUCCCUUGACCGAGCCUACCGAUGCCCUUGAGACGAAAGGCUUGGGCAAGGAGCUGGGCACAAAAGAGGUCUCGAAGCUGUUCCUUCAGAGAGGUUUCCUGCCCGCCUUUGCUGUGCUCAGCUAUACCUUCCCCAGCAUCGAGGAGGAGCUGCAAAGGCUCACGGUGCUCCCCUCCGGCCCCGACCAGCGCCUGGCCACCGCCCUCUUCGGAGCGUCCCUCAAGGAUCGGCUGCGAUGGCUGGGGAGCUUCCUGUGCACCAGCCCAAUGGCGGCGUAUGAUCUCAAAACGGAGGCAGACAGGCGCUACGCGCAUACCCUGUUCUCUUUGAAAGAUAGAAGCCUCAAUAUGAUCCAGGCCAGUUCUGCGAAGUUGGUCUACGACACGCUGAUGAAAACUGCCUCGGACCAUCGCCGGCACCUGGUACAGGACCUGCGAAAUGGCCACCUCUGGGACCGGCGUCUGCCCGAGGAGGUGCCGCAGCCGGAGCUGCGCGCGGCGCUGGAUGCGGCGCUCAGAGGACCCGAUGGACGGAGGGCGCUGGAGGUGGAAAAACUGCUGAAGCGUGGUGUUGGUGGAGCCCCUGCAGGUGCCAAAGACCUUUGGCCACAUCUGCAGGUGGUGCUUGUGACCACCAUGAACGACGAGGGAAAACAGGAUCUUGGAGACUUGCCAGUUUACUCUCCGCUCUACACCAGCUCCAAAGCACUUGGCCACUUGGGCGUCAAUAUUUUUCCGGAGGAACCCUUUGGCCGAUGGACGUAUCUCUUGGACCCCGGCAGCAUGUUCUUCGAGCUGAUUCCCAGCAACAGCAGCCGUGGCAUGGCAUCCGCCAUCCCCGCCUGGGAAGCCGAAGUGGGCAGCCGCUACGAGUUGCUGGUCACGUCCUACAGCGGCCUGUGCCGCUGUAGGACGGGCGACACGGUGCGGGUGCAUGCCAUGUACGGCAAGAUGCCAGUGGUGUCGUUGGAAGGGUCCACCAUCCCAUUUGUUUUGCCCAUGGCCGGCCGACGACACCAAGCCUUGAACAGCCAAGAAACAGCCAAGAAACAGCAUUGUGUGCCUCAGCGUUUGCUAUGCCCUGGCCUGAGCUUGGACGACCUCGGCCUCAGCAGUGACUCCGAACUGACAGGCGAUGUCCACCACCAGGAAUCCGAGAACUCGGACGGUGACUUCAAGGAGUUCGCCAAGAGCCUGGGUGUGGACGCGGAAGAUGGAGAUCUGCUUUGGGUGGCCAAAGAGGCCUUUGAAGCGCCAUUACCCUCUGGUUGGUCCGAACAUUUGGAUCCGGAAGGGCGCGUCUACUUCUUCAGCCAGGUUACGCAGCAGAGCAGCUGGUCUCAUCCGAUGGUGCGACCGAAGGGGGUGUUCGCGGCGGCUUCAGACAGACGAAGACAGUUGAUUUCAUUGUUUUUUCUUCUUGUUUUUUUGAUGAUCAUCUUUUGGAUGACCAUCCCACUUGAAAACUGGGUAGCAAUCAUAGUUCUAUAA